UGAAAAAAUUAUGAAUUAAGUUGUAAUUAGUGUGAAAAUUUGAGAUUAAAUUGUAAAUUUUACUUCAUUUUCUUUUUCUUUUAUUUCGGUGGCGCCGCUAGCUGCCUUUUCAUCAGUCAUCCUUUCUAAAUAAGUAAAUUGUAAAGCGUAUACAUUCUGUUAUUCAAAAACAAAGGAAGCAAAGAUCGUCCCUUCAAUGUCCUACUCCGGCUACUGCUAAUCACAUUUGCAAUGGCAAUUUCUGCCAACAGAUCAUACUAUAUCGGCGCCUCCAAUCUCUUCUUCUAUCGUACUCCAGUGAACCCAAUUGUGGAACGUGUUCGCGCUUUAUGUGCAUUGCUUGGUGGUCCUGCUAUCCGUUACCAGUGCUCGAUGCCUUUGGUCUCUCGAAUUGCAGAUGGUGCUGGAACAAAUCACGAUGAGUUUUCAAGAUGGGGUAAUGGAGGUGGAACCUUCCACAAAUCAGCUCGUGUCGACCCAACAGCAAUUAUGGAAAUCGGUGCGAUUGUUCAUUCCAAAGCUGUACUGGAUGCGAAUGUUUAUGUUGGAUCAGGAGCCGUUAUUGGACCUGCUGUUACUGUUGGUCAAUCAACAAAGAUAGGGUAUAAUGUUUCACUUAGCAAUUGCACUAUAGGUGAUCAUUGUGUAAUCCACAAUGGAGUUUGCAUUGGUCAAGAUGGAUUUGGUUUUUUUGUGGAUGAGCAGGGAAGCAUGGUGAAGAAACCUCAACUUCUGAAUGCUAAGAUAGGAAAUCAUGUAGAGAUUGGGGCAAAUACGUGCAUCGAUAGAGGCAGCUGGAGGGACACGGUUAUUGGUGAUCAUUCAAAGAUAGACAAUUUAGUCCAAAUUGCUCAUAAUGUAGUUAUUGGAAAGAGCUGCUUGCUCUGUGGACAAGUUGGAAUUGCUGGUUCUGUGACGAUAGGAGAUUAUGUUACUUUAGGGGGAAGGGUAGCGGUUCGUGAUCAUGCCUCUAUCACAUCAAAGGUCCGGCUGGCUGCUAAUAGUUGUGUUACCAAGGAUAUAACAGAGCCUGGGGAUUAUGGUGGCUUCCCUGCAGUACCUAUUCAUCAAUGGCGGAGACAAAUUGCUAAUCAUUCCCGUCUUUCUAAGAAAUCGAUUUCAUAGGUUUAAUAGGUAACUGUGUUCUUAAGUUGAGGGUUCUGGCCCAUUGAUUAUAAAUGUGAAAUGUGAUUUCAGAAUUUCUAGUAGAUUUGCAGCCUCAUAAGCAAGUAGAGAAGCAAAUUUUGGUGUAAUCUUUAAUACAAGUGAGUUUUGUGUCACCUAAUCUGCCCUCUGUUAAUGAAUUUGUGAUAAAUGUAACAGUGGCAAAAUUUAAUCCUCCCAGAUAUAUGCAGUGAACCCUGGGUCCAUAUAACUGAUACAUAUUUGUUUUGAUUUUUGGCCAUGCAAUAGUUUAAUUACAACAUUCACCAUCAAUUUUGAGAAAACAUCGAUUUUAAUAGAAAAUUUUUGGUUUCAUGUAGGUUAAGCAUCCUUUUAUGUAUAAAUGUAUAAGCUUCAGCAUUUUCAUGAUAACUCAGUUUUUCCAAGUUUGUCAGAUAUAGACAAGUGAAGAUUGAAGGGAUACUAAUCAAAUAGCAGUCCUAAUUCAAGUAUUUCUUUUGCUUGAAAUUGUCAAGAGUUCCUAACUCAUGUUAAAUAUGAGGUUACUCACCAUAGGUGUUGUUAUCACUGUUUAUCUGUAUUUUAUUGAGCUGAAUGUGUAGAACUGAGUCGAGAUGGCAAGAUUGAACAGGAAGCACACCUACAUGAUCAUUUAAUUGUCAUUGUUAUGAAACAUAAUAUCAUCAAAUAUUUCAUUGUACUGUGAUAUAAA